UCUGCCGGAGGAGCGGAGCAGCAGAGCAGAGGGGGACCCGGUCGUUGUCCAAUGCUGGGUACCCGGGAAACAGGCACUGCGGGCGGCGUGGAGGAGGCUGCCGGUCCCCCGGGGCCUCCUGGCGGGGUCCACCGCGGGGAGGAGGCGCCGCCCGGCCGCUGGGGGUGUCGGCUCCUCGGCCUGGUCAGCUGGAGGCAGAGACCGUUGAGGACUUCGGCGCUGUUUGCUGCAGCCAACGCGGUGUUAUGGUUUGUGGCCUUCAGCUCUUUUCGAACCUUCAGCCUCACAGCCGUCCUGCUGGCUCUGAUUGUCCUCACUGUGGCCGCCAAAGACCUUAUUCAGUCCAGAUCCACAGGAGCUCAUUUAUGGCGCAGCAUGACCACAAGCUGGGAGAUCAUUGAUUCAGGCCAGGACAGCCGGUCCGGGUCUGGACUUCAGCUUAGCGACUCCCUCAGACUUUUCCUCCAGGAGACAUCGGCCUUCAAACAGCAGAACCCCGGCAAGUUCUGUCUGCUGGUUUGCAGUUUGUGCACCUUCUUUGCCGUCUUAGGACGCUACAUUCCAGGGAUUGUAAUCUCUUAUAUUCUAGUUCUGGGUUUUUUCCUGUGGCCUCUGAUUUCAUCCCAUGACGUCAGUUUGUGGCUGGAGCCAGUUCUGCAGAAACUGGACUUUGGCAUUGGGGAGUUUCUUCAAAAAAUUAAAGAGAACCAUGAGAAAAGAAUCCUGCAGGCUCAGACUGACAGAGAGGGCAUAGAGUCUGAUCUCUCCUCAAUGUUUCCCAAGCUCGACUCCACAGUGUGUAAGGAGAUGUCUGUAUCGGACACAGAGGUGUCAGAUGUGACGUGGACGGACAACGGUACCUUCAACCUGUCAGAGGGACACACGCCACAGACCGAGAACUCAGAGGACCUCGACAGAGAAGAGGCCUUCACUGGUGGCCUCCCAGAAUUCCCCUCACUUGACAAUGGUGCAACAACAAACGGCGAUGAAGACGACGACCUCAGCCUGGGCCUUCCCUCUCCUCUGCCUCAGCCGCAGCAGCAGGUGAAAUCCACGCGCACUUCCUGUCCUCACAUUGACCUACCUGCCGGCAGUGCCCUCGAAUUAGUCAACCAGAUGGCGGGGGACGUUAUCGCGGCCGCUGUCACAGCCGCCAUGCAGGAGAGGAUAGAAGCGGCCGUUGGCUUUUCAGCGCUCAGUGACAUGGAGCGGUCAGGACUCCCAGAAUCCACCCGGCUGCUGGAGCUGGCAGAAGAGUCGGAUAGCGAGGUGGAGGACUUUGAGCUGCUGGACCAGUCGGAGCUGGAGCAACUGGAAGGGGAGCUGGGGCUGGGGGAGGAGAAGACCCGGGCCAAAGAUGAGGCUCGGGACAAGAGUGACAAGCCGACGUCUUCUGGAUUCUUCUCCAAACUGCUGAGACGCCACUGAUGAAUCAUGGUUACUGAGGACAUGUGGUGGGGAAUUCUGGUCACAGUGGACUGUUAAUGGUUGUGAGAAAACAAUAUUUCCAUUUAUCUUCUUUUCUGUAGAGCUAACAUUGUCGUUUCAAACUGAUCUGGUUGUCAGAUAUGAAGGUAGAAGUGUCCUUUAAACCAGGAUCAUUGUAGCUGAAUGCUGACAUCAGAACGGACUGUACCACUCAGAUAUUAACCCAACGGAUUUUGGAAGGAAAAUCACUUUGCUGCCUUUUAUUGCAUAUUAUAUCCUGUGUAACUAGUAAUAGUCAAAGCUAACCCAUGCAUCUUUAUCCAGACUAAAAGAUGAAUGAAUGGUCCCCCCUUCUCUUAGUUUGGCAGCAUCAACCCAUCAUGCCCACAUUGACAGGAUAAAACACAAGUUUAAGAAAGAAAUCAUAGAAGACAAUCUUUGCCAGAGCAAUCUUCACCACACUGACUUAUUAUUUAUUAACAGAAAUUUAUUUUUGAAGAUGAUUGCAAUUCUUGGUUUGUACCCUACUUACUUGAGAGGUACCUUGCUGCAGACAUCAGACAUUCAUAAAUGCAUGUGUAGUUGAUUCCAGCAGAAUCUUCAUUUACCAUCAUUUUCAACUGCUUUCAGCCUUAGAUCCUGGAAAAGGAAUGAUAGCAAGAGAAAGACAAGUUUCCUAGAGAAAGAAAGACACGGAGAGCAAGAAGAAGGCCUUAUUCGUCGUAAAAGUAACAGUUAUUCAGCAAUGAUUAUGUCUGUUUAAUAACAUCCUUCCACUUAUCCGGGGUCAGGUUGCGGUAGUAGCAGGUUAAGCAAGUCAACCCAGACAUCCCUCUCCCCAGUGACACUUUCCAACUCCUCCUGGGGGAUCCCAAGGCGUUCCCAGACCAGACAGGAUAUAUAAUCCCUCCAGUGCAUUCUGGGAAUUCCUGAGGUCUCCUCCCAGCUGGACGUGCCCAGAAAACCCCCAAAGGGAGGCGUCAAGGAGGUAUUAUGACUAGAUGCCUGAACCACCUCAACCGUUGCCUUUUGAUCUACGAAGGAGCAGCGGCAGGAAUCGCUACCUUAUUGUGGUAGGGGAGGGUUUGUGUGGCCCUAUAAACCUGGGAGCUAUUUUGUUAGGGUCUCCCAAGACAAACUGGUUCCAGGGGAGGGCCCAGACCAAGAGCAAUUCAACUACCCAUGAUGAAACAGCACUUCGCCAGACCUGGAGGCGGAGGGGCAUCUGAUGGCUGUGAGCACCCUACCAGGAGGUUCAAUCAGAAGGAAUUACAUGGAGUCACCCCCCUGUGGACCCACCACAGGGACGGGCAUGGUAGCUGGUUUCAGUGUACACAGGCAGGGAAGGCUCGGCCUUGGCGUGCCAACCCCCGAUGGCGCAGUCUGACCAUUGGCACGUUUAAUAACAGCAUGGAUAAUAUGGCGUAUAAUAUGGCAGAAAUAUGGAAAAGUGCCCUCUUCAGAGCUUUCUAAAUAGACUAAAUUGGACAAAUUACCCUCUGUUGCACAUGUACAGUAGUAUAGAAAAUAUAAUUAUGUGCCAUAAGUUCCUCCUUAUUAAAUUAACAUUAUUUCGACUAUAUUAAAACUGGUUUCCACCACAUUCAACAGGUGCCCUUCCAUCAUUGCUGCCCCUGCCCCACAAACAUCCUUAGUCCUCCACGGCUAAGGAGAACAGCUUUAGCCUGUCCUUUUGAUUUGCUGAGCAAAAGCUGAGAUCUAAAUGUGAAUUAACUGACAAGUCCAAGUGUGUAUGCUUUUACUGAUGUUUGAUGUCUGCAGCCAGGUUCUCUUAAACCUGUUAAGUAACUAUUUAACUUGCUAUUUUGCAAAAGCUAAUAACACCAAACUGGUUAAAAUCAAAGGCUGGUCACUCACUACACAUUUUUAAACCCAAUGUUAGGCUAAGUCAGGAGUGUCUAAACUUUUUCCACUAAGGGCCACUUUCACUUUCAUAUACCACACCUUGGGGAUAUGAAAGUUACUAAGUAUUUUUAGUGAUUGAGUGUGCUCAGAUGGCUAGGUGUUUAGUGACAAGGCGAAUAGCCAAUCAAUUUAAGUAUUUCUUUGGAGGCCAAUUACAUUUAAGGGCCCCUGGCUAUGCAUCUAGAGCGCUAUUGGUGCUGCUAUUUGCUGUGGUAAUCAAUUAGGGCCUUACAAAUCAAGAGGUUUUAUUUUGUUUGCCAACAUUUUUACCAUUUACAGUUUCGUCUUAGGUUGGUCACAAAUUAAAAAAACAACAUUAAAUUCUUAUUGUCAAAAUGUUUGUUUACAGAAUUAGCAUGGUGGCACCGCCUUGUGUUGAAAGAAAGAAGUAGAGUACAGUCAAGCAAAAACUUCACGUUCUAUUGUGGGUCAUAUUUUAUUUCAAUUUAAAAAUUGCUGUGGGCCAAACAAAAGUGGCCCAUGGGCCGCAUUUGGCCCCCAGACCCUAGUUUGGACAUCCCUGGACUAGGCGGAGGGAGGUGUGCCCUGAGUUAAGAAUCUUAAAUCAAAAAAGCAGAACUUAAUUUUGCUCUAUCUGUUGACGUUGCUUUCUCUUUAACACCAAACUCUGAGAAAUUAUAUUACGGUAUAUUAAAUACUGAAAUUUGAUUAAACACAUCUGAAAGAUUUAAUCUUUCACAAUCACAUGCCUCUAAUAAAAUUAACCAACAAAUAAAUAUAUUAAAAUAUCAUGUUAAAAAAGAAUUUUACUGCUGAACAAUACAACCUAAACAGUGCUGUCAUAUUUUGGGUUAAACGGUUAAACUACUUUUGUUAUAUAUUAUCAUUAAAUGACUGGAUUUUGGUUUAGAUUCUCAAGAAACCUCAUAACACAACAAAUACACUGAUGGAAAAUGUAUUAAUACGACUACAUUACCCAUAAUCCCUUAGAUGUGAAACUGAAUGACAAUCACAAGGCCAUCAUACUGUAAAACACCACAGCUUGGAUUGUUUGUUUUCAGGAUUUCAAGUGUUAAACUUUUUUUAUUAGUUUUAUACUUUUUUUUUCAGGAAACUUUAUUAUUUGAGGGACUUUUAUUUUGUUAGAACAUGCUGCAGGUCUCUGAAUACUAUGCAUGGAAAUCUCAUUUUGAGACAUUAAAAUAUUUAAUCAUUAAAGCACUUUACUUUCAGUGCACAAAUGAAGUAUUGUGUGUGCUUUGGGGGAAAUUACUUUGCACUCAUAUAUCAUCCCCUGAGAAGAUCAGAUUUUAAACUUGACUGUGGUUAUUGUUGUCAUAAUAAAGAACUCGAGCAUACGUA